CUCUCAGUCAGUGCUGUAUCCUUCCUUCCCUCGCAUCAUGCCAUCCCUCCUCCGUCCGGAUCUUUGGAAAUGCGCACACUGGCUUCAUUCAAGGAAGAAAUAAGCGAUUUAGAGAAAAAUAAAUUACUCCUGCAUUAAUAAAGCAACGGAUUUUUAAGGGAUAAAAAGAGGAGCUUCGGUGGGAGAAGGAGAGAGAGAGAGAGAGAGAGAGAGAGAGAGAGAGAGAGAGAGAUCCUGCGGCUCUGUCCCAAAUCCACAUGCACAGUGUGCGAGGUAGGCAGCAUGAAGCCCUGAAGAACUGAAGGACGCACUGCAUUUAUUUAUUUAUUUUUUAUUUUUUGCAACACAUGCAGUUUUGACUCAGUGAUUCAGAUGAUGGAAUGUAGCUUCUGCUGAACUGAAUGCAUAAUUAAUAAUGUGCACUGUAGAAUUUUUUUUUCUUCUACUUGAUAAAUGAUUUCUGAUUGAAAGAGAAGCAUUUAUUUUUAUUUUUGUGAAUCAUCCACGCUUGCACCAUAUGACCAUCUGGCAUGAAGGAUAACUGAAGCUGCGGAGGUGGACCACUGAAGAAGAAGAAGAAGAAGAAGGGGCCUUACUGUAAUCUGUGUGACCUGAACACACUAUCUAUACUCAUUAAAAAAAAAAAAAAAAAAAAAAGAUAAGGACAGAUUAAAUAUUUAUGUCCGUCUACGUCCAUGCAGAUUUCCAUGAGCUUAAAAUUUAACAAUCCUCACACGUCUAGAUCUUCAUGUAGGUCUCGUCCACUCAUCGUCCAUUUUCAUAGAGCAAUAAUAAUAAUAAUAAAUAGUAAUAAUAAUAAUAAGAGUAAGAACUUCACUGGAAUGUAUCGGCUACGUGAAACCAAAGACGCGUAAGAAAAAAAAAAGUUGUGCGAUCCACGCUUCCAAUCUUCCAUUCUCAAUCAGUCACUGUGCGACAUCUUCUACAUCUUCAUCAGCUUCAUCUUCAUCAGCUUCAUCUUCGUCAUCUUCGUCAUCUUCUCAGGUCAGUCGGCUUUUCCUCUCUGUCACGCUCGUCAUUGCCGAUCGCUCGUCUUCCACGCUAUGCACUCAUCACAGACUUUCUCUUUCUCUUAAACAUCACAAACCUCAAAAAGUUCAAGUCUUCCAUUACAAACAAGGAAAGCUGUGAAGUGUAAAGUGUAAAGAUUGAUUUUUGAUCAGAGAAUUUUUCUUUUUAAAAAAAUAGCUAUGUUAUAGAUAGGCUAGCAACACAACGCUAACAAAAGAAAGAGUCACAUCAUCGCGAAAAAAAAAUAUUCUGGAUUCACAAGCCGAGUGAAGAGCAUCGCUGAAGUGAACGCUCCUUUACUGAGUUGUAGUGAACACUUUAUGAUUGUGGAAACUGAAGGUUGCAUUGCUAACAGAAGUAAACAGCUGGGAAGUGAAUUAAAGCAACACUUCAGGACCACGUGGAGAAAGUGAACACUGCAUUACUAAACACUGAAGAGACUUCCUCUGUGAGGGAUCCGGCUCCUUCUGAAAUCCACUGCUGCAUCGUGGGACACACACAGAGAGACCCUCUGAUCUCCAACAGCGCGUGUGUGUGUGUGAGAGAGUGUGUGUGAGAGUGUGUAUAUGUGUGUGUCCCUCUCCUGGGUGAAGAUGACUGCAGUCCAGGUGAUGUGGCUCCCGCUGCUGCUGCUGUGCAUCACACAUGCUCGGCUCAGCAGCUCGGCGUGUGUGGAGGUCGACUCGGACACCGAGGCCGUGGCAGGAAAGGAUUUCAAGCUGGGCUGCAUCUCCUGUAAGAUGCGAGGCGAGGUGGACGCCUCGGCCACUGUGGACUGGUGGUUCAUGGCGAAAGGAGAGAGCGACUUCACCCACAUCUACAGCUACAGCAACAUGAUGGGCAUGGUGACAGACGAACGCUUCACGGGCCGUAUCGAGUGGGUGGGCAGUAAAAAGACGUUGGACCUUCAGGAUGGAUCUCUGAACAUCCUCAACGUCACGUACAACGACACGGGGACGUACCGCUGCUACUUCGACCGCACGCUCUCCUUCACCUACUACGAGUUUCGCACCAACACCACCAAAUUCAUCACCAUCAACGUCGUGGCCAAAGAGACACGUGGCAUGGCCUCCAUCCUGUCGGAGGUGAUGAUGUACGUGUCCAUCAUCGGCCUGCAGCUGUGGUUACUGGUGGAGAUGGUUUACUGUUACAGGAAAAUCGCUGCUGCUGGAGAGGAAGCGCUGAGAGAGAGCGCGGCCGAGUAUUUAGCCAUCACAUCUGAGAGUAAAGACAACUGCACUGGCGUGGCUGUGGCCGAGUAACACACACACACACACACACACACACAGGACCAUAAAAACUCUGAAACUUCACCAUGGCGACGACCUUCACCUGGUUUAUCUCCACCUGGUUUAUCUCCACCUGGUUUACCUUCACCUGUGUUUCUCCACCUGGUUUACCUUCACCUGUGUUUCUCCACCUGGUUUAUCUUCACCUGUGUUUCUCCACCUGGUUUACCGUCACCUGUGUUUCUCCACCUGGUUUACCUUCACCUGUGUUUCUCCACCUGGUUUACCGUCACCUGUGUUUCUCCACCUGGUUUACCUUCACCUGUGUUUCUCCACCUGGUUUAUCUCCACCUGGUUUACCUCCACCUGUGUUUCUGAACUCCGCCCCUCCUUCCUCCGAGGCUGUAAAGGACGAGCAGAAGACGUGUGUUUUUGCGCAGAAUCGUUUCAUUUCACCGAAGAGCCCUGAACAGUGCACUGAGGUACAGAGAUGUACAGACUGAACGCACGGAGGGGCUCGGACAAACAAACAAACAAACAAACAAAUAAGAUAAAAUAAAUAAAUAUCUGGUAUAAGAGCACAGCAUGAAUAAAUGUAUGAGUCACAUAUACACAGUAGAAUUGUAUUAACACGAGCUGUACAUACGUCUCUGAACUCUUUUCUUUCUACACACGGAAUUUAUAUGCAAGCGUACGAAAGAGUUAACGAUCGUUAACAUUUUAUCGUUAUUUUAACGUUAUCCUAAAUGUUAACGAUCUGUAUAAAUGUGACUGAAUGCUAACAACACGAUGCUAAUGUAGCUAACCUCCUCCUACAUGAUGUUAAAGGCUGAAACCGAGGCUAAUGACGACCGAAAGCUAACGCUGCAACUUACUAAUUGGCAUCACCUUUGUGAAUUAGCUUGAAUAAAAAUCGCUAGCCUUUUUAUUUUUUAAGAAUUAUUUAAUUACAAUCGUGUGUAUUAAAUUACAAAAACACUAAAUAACAUCAAACAGAAAUGUUAGCAAGUCACACACACACACACACCAUAAUGAAGAGAAUGUGACGAGAAAUGCUAAUGCUAACAACAUGAUGCUAAUGCAGCUGCCUCAGUCCAGUUACCUCUUAAAGGGAUAUUUCAACUGUGUGAAACGUUAGCUAAAAACGGCUAACAAACCAAAAGCGUACACUGCCAAUUAGUGCGACUGUAGAAUUACAAUCGUUUUUUUUACUCAGAUUUCUUAAUCGAUUAGCAUAAAGCUGCACAGUUAGCAAUUCACAAUAGCUAAUAGCAUUAUCAUCAUUAACUAAUGCAUGCUAAUGUAGCUGAACUCAGUCCAGUGAUCUCUGUUGUGUCUAAAAGCUUCACGGGCUAAAACAAAUGACAGCUAGCACUGCCAGUUAGCAAGUUAGCAUUUAGCAUAACCAUUCACAAUGAGCCUUUAUUAAUUGUUAGCCAUGUUAGCUUGACCUUGAUCAUGGUUUAACGAUCCCUUUAAUCAUAUUUUCUGAUUUGUAUGACAUUAUAAAGCACAAAAAAACACAAAUCCUGAGCAGCUAGCAUCUAGUAGUUAGCGAUUAGCAUAAAGCUAAUAAACUGGGGUGUGAUUUGUUAGUAGAAAAUGUAAUGCUAAUAAUGUUAGCCGUGUAAAAUCUGAUGAAAAGCUGCAUGACACUGAGGUCUGAAUUUAUUCACGUCUGUAAAUUUUUGUAUGCGAACCUUUUUUUCUGCAUGAAACAUUCCAGUACGAAGAAGAAAAAAAACCAAAACAACAACAAAACGAUCGUCACGACGUUAAACCCGCUUGGUGUCUGUGCCAGCAGGGGGCGCUGUGACACCAUCACGGUAACGCUAGGCAUGUGCUGAUAACGAGUUCGUGAGUUAUCGUAACCUGUUCACCUGCGUCUUAACCGGAAAUGAACCUCGCCGGGAUUUCGUUCGGGAUUGAUUUUACGUCACGUAAUUACAAUAACGACAAAUUUCCCGCUUGAAAUCUGUCCGUCGAAUCAGACACGCUACUGCAAUCACUUGUGGGUGUGGCCUGUCAAGCAUUUUUAUUUUAAUUCCAAUGAUAAACAGUAGUAGCUAUAUAAAAAUAUAGCAUCUAAAGCUAACUAAAUAACGCACUAAUCAGCUUCUACUAGCUAAUCAACUAGCUUCUUUCUCAGACUAGCUAACUGUACUAGCUACGUACACUCACCACCAGCACCAACGAUCUCUAUGACUUCCUUCUAAUCUUUAUUUUUCUUCGUAACGUCUCUAAACACAUUUAAUGAUAACGAGAAAUCGUGUAUGACAGGUUCUGAUGAAACUACGCUUAUAAGUUUUUCUUCCAUUUUUGCGAAAAGUAAUUGCAGGUAGGAAUUAAAGUCGUGAGCGGGGAACCGAAGAAACAUUGUAUUGCACGCGCUGUAGGACCAGGUACGAAGAAUCACUCGAGACGAUCGUUUGGAUUUGUCUCUUCUUGACCUGAUUUGCAUAGAAUUCAGAAAAUAUCCGUUCAAAUGUUGCUAAAACUGCGCACGAACGAUCACCUGUCCCUUUGUCGAUCGCUAGUGUGGACGCAGUUUCGAUUUUCUGCUUAUAGCGUUUGCACUUAAACCUGGGAAAGAUUAAAGUUAAAAUACGGUUUAGCUAGCAGCUAGCUAUCAUGGCUGUCACGGAAGCUAUUUUAGAUUUCUAUGUGUUGCUCCGGAAAAAGAUCACAGUAAGAUCGCUGUUGCUAGGCACCAAGCAUAACCUUGCUAAUAUCUGUCGGAAAAUUUCGUAAAAAAAAAAAAAACAUGAAUAAGGUGACUAACUGAAGCUAGCUGUAAGUAACAAUAACUGGUUAUCAGUGUUAAACAAACACGGAGUUUUGUAGCCGAGCGAAACCGAUUCCGAUCUUUUAAACGCUAAUUUCUGAUUUUUCACUAAAGAGGUUUUUACAGCGUGAUCACAUGACGCAGGUGAUGAAUUAACGCCGACGUUUUUCCUCACGGUCGUAACAAAUAACACGUAAAAUGUUAAUCAAGUUCUCGAUCUCACCACUUAAAGGAGUUCCUCACGCACGAUGCUAACACUGCUAACGUACAACCGAACGUAACGUGACUAGCUAACCCCUUCCUGCCUGUCAUUCAUUAUUAGCAACGUUAGCAUGAUUGUUGAUGUUCUCCUUUUAAUGAUGUUAACUGAUUUUAAUGCUAAUACUAAAUGAGUGUUGGGCUGCUAACACACACACACACACACACACUCGCAGCCUCAACACACCAAUCUAACGUAUGCACUUCAUGUAUAAAUAUAAAAUGUUGCUUGCCAAAUAAAUAAAGAAGAAACUAUGAUAAAUAAUUAAA